CAUCGACAGGCCGCAGCAUUGGUUUUCUUCCAUUGUUCCCUCACUGCCCUCACAUCUUUACAUUCAACUUAUUUCUUUCCUCGCUUUCUUUUCCUUCAGUACAUAACAAUGGAGUAUCGACCAGAGCUCACUCAACAACAAAUAUGUGUAUCAACUGUAUUCGUAAUCAAGUUGAUAUAACUGAAGGGAUCCCAAAGCACGCCACCAUCUGCUUCUGCCGUAACUGCGAACGUUACCUUCAGCCUCCUAUGCAUUGGGUUGCUUGCCAGUUGGAGUCGAGAGAACUACUUGCAUUGUGCUUAAAGAAGCUCAAGGGUCUAAAUAAAGUCCGCCUUGUCGAUGCAGGCUUUAUCUGGACAGAACCUCAUUCAAAACGUAUCAAGCUCAAGUUGACUAUCCAAAAAGAAGUCUUUACCUCGACUAUUCUGCAACAAAUUUUUGAAGUCGAGUUUGUCGUCUCGCAUCAGCAGUGUGAUGACUGUGCCAAGGUCAUGGCUCAAAAUACAUGGAAAGCUAUGGUUCAAGUUCGUCAAAAGGUUGAUCACAAACGUACUUUCUUAUACUUGGAGCAGUUGAUUAUCAAGCAUAGUGCACACAAGGAGACUAUUAACAUCAAAGAAUGCAAAGACGGAAUCGAUUUUUACUAUGGAUCUCGUUCACAUGCCUUGAAAAUGGUCGAAUUCCUGGCAGCAGUCACGCCAUUGAGGAGUAAAUCCUCUGAACAGCUCAUUUCUACCGAUAUUCAUUCAGGAUCAUCAAAUUACAAGUUCAGUUACUCGGUUGAGUUGGUUCCUAUCUGUAAAGAUGACUUGCUUUGUUUACCACCUAAGGUUGCUAAGGCCUUGGGAAACAUCAGUCCCUUGGUCAUAUGUUAUAGAGUUGGAAAUUCUGUCCAUGUCAUGGAUGUAAACACACUUGCUGUUGCAGAGGUCUCGACCCAAACAUACUGGCGUACUCCCUUUCAAGCAUUAGCAUCGGUGAAACAAUUGACUGAGUACUAUGUCCUCGAUGUUGAGCCUUGUGGGCCUGUCCGUGGCAAGUAUGUCUUGGCCGACAUCCAGGUAGCUCGUGCAAAUGACGUUGGCCGUAACGAUACCACUUUCUUUGCGCGCUCUCAUCUUGGAGGUGUUCUCAACCCUGGUGACAGUGUUAUGGGCUAUGAUAUUGCAUCAUCCAACUUCAACAACGAUGCAUUCGAUGGACUUCACCGAGGAUCUUUGCCAGAUGUAAUUUUGAUCAAGAAGGCUUACCCAGCACAUCGAAAGCGCAAUCGUGGACGUAACUGGCAAUUGCGACAGCUCCAGAAGGAAGAGGAGGAAAUGGCUCCUCGCAAACAAGAUCAAGAACGCAUCGAGCAUGAUUAUGAAAUGUUCUUGCGCGAUCUUGAAGAAGAUCCAGAACUUCGAGCUACUAUUAAUCUUUAUAGAGCUGACAAGCCGAAACCGGUGCAAGAUUCAAAUAUGGAUAAUGAGUCGGACUUUGAAGACGAAGAUUUCCCUGAGGUUCAGUUAGAUGAGCUCUUGGACAACCUCAAUUUGGAUGAUGGCCCUGAUGGCGAGUUUUCGGAGGAGGGUGAAGACAUGAUGAUGGAUUAAGCAUCAUCACCGAAGCAGAAUACUUGUAGAUUAUAUCCUCCAUCCAACUCCUACAUUUUUUCAUAUUUUUGUUUGUAAAACAAUGAUGUCCAUAAACUUUAGCAUCCUAGACACUGGUUUCAUUCAAACAUUAAUGGCCCACUUCAUAUGAACUUUUGGUUAUACAAAGUCUAUAAUUCUACUGCUCAGUAACUCUCCGCUCAAAAGACAUGACUUUUCUGGGCUCAAGUUAGUUGAUAGCUCCACUAUAAUCGCAGUCCAGCCUUUUCCUUGGUCAUACCC